AGGCACCAGCGCUCCGAGGCGCAGCCCGGCUUCCUCCUCCCGUCUUCCCCGCCCUGUGCCUGGGGGCAAAGGGUGUGGCGGAGAGAGGCGCGGACGGGCGUGCCGAGAAGACGGGAAACGACGGGGCCCGAGGCAGGGGUGGGCAUGCCCUUUUUUUCCACCUCUAGCUGGAGCAGUUGCGGGGCGUCCGAGGGGUGCCUGGCGCUCUGCGAAGCUUCACUGCCCUUGCGGGUGGCCUUUCGGCCGGCUGCGCGCCGUCGAACCCCAGCCAUCGGCGCCAGGCCGGAGGAUGAGCGGCUGCAACCCGGACAAAGAGGACGAGCAGCGCGGCUCCUCCGGCUGCAAAAUGGAGCUUCUCUCCGAGGAGGAAGUGGCCGUCGCCGAGCAAGACUGGGAAGCGGCCAAGGCUGCCUACGAAAGCCUCGCCUCCACUAAGAGACCCCGGCCCCCCAAACCCCAAAACGCCAUCACCAUCGCUGUUUCCUCCCGGGCUCUCUUCGAUAUGGUGGAAGAGAGGAAAAUCUAUGAAGAGCAAGGCGUGGAAAAGUAUGUGGAGUAUCAGCAGGCGAACGAGAACGUCACCCUGAAGCCCGGCCCAGCUUUUGCCUUGGUGAAGGCAGUUGAGUUGGUGAACGCCCGACUCCGUGAGCUGUAUCCAGACGAUGAAGAGCUGUUUGAUAUUGUGCUUAUGACUAAUAACCAUGCUCAGGUCGGGGUCAGACUUAUCAACAGCAUUAACCAUUACGGCCUGCUAAUUGAAAGGUUCUGUAUGACUGGAGGGAAGUCUCCCAUCGGGUACCUAAAAGCAUACCUUACGAAUCUGUACCUUUCUGCUGACUCCGAAAAAGUUCAAGAAGCCAUAGAAGAAGGAAUUGCUGCAGCCACAUUGUUCACUGGGAAUAAAAACGUCCCUUACGAUGACAAGCAACUCCGAGUAGCCUUUGAUGGAGACGCCGUUCUGUUUUCUGAUGAGUCUGAAAUAAUUGUGAAAGAACAUGGCCUGGAUAGGUUUUUUGAGCAUGAGCAACUAAAUGAGAAUAAGCCUCUGGCCCAGGGUCCUUUGAAAGGUUUCCUGGAAGAUCUUGGACGACUCCAGAAGAAGUUCUACGCUAAGAACGAACGGCUGGAUUCGCCAAUCAGAACGUAUCUGGUGACUGCCAGAAGUGCCGCCAGUUCUGGGGCCAGAGUGCUGAAGACUCUCCGCAGCUGGGGAGUGCAGAUUGAUGAAGCCCUCUUCCUCGCAGGGGCACCUAAGGGACCAGUCCUGGCCAAAAUCAGACCUCAUAUUUUCUUUGAUGAUCAGAUGUUUCACAUAGAGGGAGCACGGCAGCUGGGUACAAUUGCUGCGCACGUGCCAUAUGGCAUUGGGCAGAAGUACCACAAGUCUAAGCUGAAAGACAGCCCUGCCAAAAAUUAAGUUGUUUUUUUAGCUUAGCCUUGAAUGCUGUUGAGUCUGAAAUUUCCAUUCUUGGACGUUUAUCAAGGUUUAUAUUUAAGUGUGACCUCCAGUUUCCUGAUCUAUUUUUAGAGGAGAUAUAUAUAUAUAUUUACUAUAAAUAUAUAUUUUGGUGAAAGUUGAAAUACUUGCAUAUACGCUCCUUAAACAGAUUGGGUUUUAGUCGACUUUUCUAACUUGGGCUCUUUGGCUGUUGAGAAAUAUUAGCAUUGUAAUACUUAAAUCAUUCCCUCUGCUCUACAGAACCGUGAACGUAGCAGAAGACCACGCAUUCGUUGCUGUGUCUUGAUGAAUAACCAGUGCCUAGUGCACACUUUGCACACAAGCUAUGAAAAUACGGAGUUUUGUACUGCUUUAUUCGACAGUCUGUUGGCCCAUGUGCACACCAGCUAGACUGCAGGAUCGAAGUCAGUAGAAUGCAAUCCGAAUGAAAGCAAUAGUUUCCAUUGAUUGGAAUGGGAUACAAAUAGCACUCCCUUCAUUUAGUAAUUCUGAAUACAGGCCCACUGCAUUAUCUAGAACUGGAGCUGUGCUGCAUUAUCAUGCACACAGACACCUGCUACUACAAACACCAAAGCGGCGGUAUAUAUAACUCUUAAUGGCGGUCAGUAGAUCGGGCCCUGCCUUCUAUCUAGUGCGUCACAUGGUUUAUGCUUUGUGAAAGUGGUAUAAACCAAUUAGUAAAUGUCUUCUUUUUUAAAACUACUUGUCUGGUUUAAUAAAAGCAGGUUUUAGAGACUUAA